AUGGGAGCAACAGAUACCGUAGCCCUCGUGGCGCUCAUAGUCUCGCUGGUUGCCCUGGUGGUCACGACCGUCCAGCUUCUGCAACAGCUAUCUGGAACAGCUGAUGGGUACCGCAGAUGUUCCCCGACUGUGAUCGGUCCAUGGGCUACAUUACGAAAGCGCAGGCUGCUUCCCUUCGAGCUCAGAGUAGAGACGGAAUACUGCACGCCUGAGAUCAUGGUGGUCACCCAUGAGAAAUUACUCGAGCUUAGAAAGCAAGGCCUGCACCCUCGUGUUAUUACCUCCAUGUCGGAUGCUGGAGACAAUUCACAACAAUUGCAGCAGACUGUCCACGGUUCCGGCGCACACCUACGUCACACAGCACGGAACAGCCAUAUGGUCACUUGGUUGGCUCUUCUCCAGGAAGUGCAUACCUUGUUCUCUAAUUAUUGGCCAGGUGACUGCAAUUUAUGCAUGCAGCAGGAGCAAGGCACAUCGGCUCUCAGCUUCAACAGUAAAGAGGUCAAGACGCAUAUCACAAACGCCGCGGUGAUCUACAGGCAAUGGACUUGGGAUCUGAUGCCCUCAGAUAUGCCCCGUCCUCCAGCCAUAACCACGGUUGGUGACAUCAUGGUCCUCGCACUGCGACUAGGCAUGAAAUGGCGGUCCUUGGACUUUGCAAAUGGCAGGAUUUAUGCUGAUGGCUGCGGGUAUACUCUUGCCACGGUCGAAGGCCGAGGCUUAGGUCUUGUAGUAAGCUUCAGCCGUCCUGCCACAGCUCCGGUACGAUCGGCCAUUAUUCCCUCCCAAGCGGUUGACAAGCUGAUUUGUGGUAUCCUACCUGGCUGUCCCAUACUGGUACGCCGCGAUUACGACUUUGUCGGCGAUGAUGGCCAGGUGCUGGGUCACAAGAUGUUAGAGUCGAUUGGAGUGGGCUAUGAACUUCGCGCUGCAAAGCGUGCAAUGGGUGGCUAUGAGCCGUAUGCUGAUGCUUGCGCGCUCCUUUCGCCCUUUCUGCCGGUCCUGGGGUCUUCGGCGGUAUGCUAUGCCACACCUCGCUGGAGCUGGCGACACGACACCGGCGCCGUGAUACAUUUCUGGGAGGGGAGGAUGGGCCUUUUACAUGGGUUUCAGACUUACGCCGCGGGCCAGAAUCUUAACAGGGACCUGCAGCGCGCGCUGGGCUUCUUCGAGCGCCUUCAGUCCCGACUUACAGCAGACUUUACAGGAACAUGGUCUGAAGCUGUCCUGUCCGGUACAGGCACCACGGACGGCACCCGGCACAGCUCAGUGCAGGAUCUCAUACAUGAGUGCGAAAGUGUUUUUGAGUUUACGACAGAGUAUUUUGUAGCUCAAGGCUUCACACGACGCAGCAAAGAUGGUCGAACAUUGUACGAAGCAUUGGUGGCAAUGCAUGUUAGCAUCGCCACAGUCGCGACUGAAGCAGUCCUACAAGAAGUGCCUGACCUGACCGACCACGAUCGAUAUCCCUGGUUGAAGUCCGUGCCAUACGAGUCCUGGGUGCCUGAGGCAUACGAAAUAGCACGAGCGUACUGCAACACUGCCACAAAUAGCGAGUUCCUCACGAAGUACGCGAGGCAAGACCCACACUUGGCGGCAUUGGGAAGGGACGGGAGGUCCUUAAAAGAAGCGUGGUGGAUAUUGAUGCUUAGAGAUAGCCCAGGACAGGAAUGUACCAGCCUGGUGUUAUGA